AUGGCUCUGCUGCUGCACGCUGAUGUGGAAAAUAGGCAGGAGAAGGGAGGUGAAAUUAUGGAUGUGCACACUUCUUGGAACCAAACGACCACGCGCCACGAGACUCUCAUGGGUACGAUGUUUUUCAUAUUCAACUGCACAAUCUUGAGCUUAACGCUGGUCUUGGGUCUACCAGGGAACCUGUGGGUUUGCUGGGUUGUCUUCAGGACCAAGAGCCUGCAGACCUGCAACAAUGCGCUGCUGGUCAGCCUGGCCGCCAGCGACCUGCUGAAGUGCUCCGUGGACACGCCGCUGCUGCUCUUCUCCUUCCUGCGUUAUGGGUCGGACGGCCGACAGGUGUCGGUGCCCGUGUGCACCGUGCAGCAGUUCACCUACGCCCUGUGCAGCUGCGUCCAGCUGCUCACGCUGGUCAGCAUCAGCGUGGAGCGCUUCCAAGCCAUCGCGUUCCCCUUUCAAACGGAGGGGAGGGGAGCGAGGGUCCGCCUCUGGAUCCUGUCCAUCUGGGCCGUCGGCCUCAUCUUGGCGAUAAUCUCUCUGUCUCUUUCCGAAAAGGCGCUUUUUUACAUGCUCUGCCGCGCGCACACGUGGGGGCGCGGCGGGGAGCGUCUGCGAAACUGGGAUCCGUUUGGACCCUACGUGCUGGUGCCGGUGUGGGGAUUGUCUCUGACUGUGAUCGUCAUCCACUACGUGAGGAUUUUCAAAGUUGUAAGACAGCACCGAAAGAAGGUGUUCAACCGGGGAGUCCAGCUGAGGCCGACGGUUUCGGAACACGUCUGGGGCUUGUUGGGCGUCCACACUUCAGCACCACGGACAGCUCCGCCGGCCUCCUUCAAGUCUCUGCCCUCCGUGGGCUGCGGCAGCCCGCUGCCUCCCCGCAGGACGGUGCUCUUGGUGGCCGAAGCCGGUGCUCCCUGUGCGCGCUCGUCCACGGGAGGCGCCCCUGGGAGACCUCCGGAGAUCGUGGGGGCAGUGUGUCUCCUGACCCCCGGGGCCAGGGAGCGGGGGAAGAAACAGAUGGAGGGAAAGCUGGCCAAGCGUUUUGGGUACAUAAUCAUUGCGUUCACGCUGUUCUGGGUGCCCAUGGUGGUCAUUCUGCUAAUAAAUGUCAUCUCCUGGCAGGACACAGACAAACUGCUGAUGGAGCUGGAGACAUCAGCGAUAGUGCUGACUUGUGUGCAGGCUGCAGUGGAUCCCCUCAUUUAUACUCUAGUCACCAGACAGUUUCGCUCUGAACUCAGCAAGAUCCUCUCCUCCAUCCCCGGGUGUCGCCUAAAGCUGAGGGCUUGA